CGCACGCACGCACGCACGCACGCACACACACACACACACACACACACACACACACACACACACACACACACACACACACACACACACACACACACUCUCUCUCAGUGCAGGAAAAUGACAGAGUCCAGUAUUUCAGUAGAUCAUUUUUCUGUGCAUGAGUUCAGCUGUCCAGUGUGUCUGGAUCUCCUGAAUGAUCCAGUGACUACUUCCUGUGGUCACAGUUUCUGUAAGGUGUGUAUUAAUACUCACUGGGAUCAGGAGGAUGUGAAUGGCGUCUACAGGUGUCCUCAGUGUAGAGAGACUUUCACUCCAAGGCCUGUUCUACGCAGGAACGACAUGCUGGCUGAAGUGGUGAAGAAACUGAAGAAGACUGAACUCCAAGCUGCUUCUCCUGCUCACUGUUAUGCUGGACCUGGAGAUGUGGAGUGUGAUUCCUGCACAGGGAGAAAACACAAAGCCGUCAAGUCCUGUCUGGUUUGUCAGGCCUCCUAUUGUGAAGAUCAUCUUAAACCUCACUAUCAGUCUCCUGCCUUUAAGAAGCACAAGUUAGUUGAAGCCUGUGAGGAGCUCCAAGAGAAGAUCUGCUCUGAACAUGACAAACUGAUGGAGAUCUACUGUCGUACUGACCAAAGCCUCAUCUGUUACUUGUGUAUGAUGGAAGAACACAAAGGUCAUGAUACAGUUUCAGCUAAAGCAGAAAGAACUAAAAAUCAGAAUGAGUUAAAGGAGGAUCAGAUAAAAUCCCAUCAGAGGAUCCAGGAGAAGCAGAAGAAGGUGGAGGAGCUGAAACAGACUGUGGACAUUAUUAAGAUACGUUCACAGGCAGCAGUAGAUGACAGUGAGAGGAUUUUUACUGAGAUGAUCAACUCCAUGUUCUCGGAGGUAAUGGAGCUGAUCAGAGCUCAGGAGAAAGAUGAAGUGAGUCGAGCUGAACGACUCCUGAAUCAACUGGAGCAGGAGAUUACUGAUCUUAAGAGGAGAGUCACUGAGCUGGAGCAGCUUUCACACACACACGAUGACAUCCACUUCCUCCAGAGUUUCCCGUCUCUCUGUGUUUCUCCUGGAUGUGACGACUCACCCAGCUUCACUGUCAAUCAACAUCUCUCAUUUGAUGGAGUGAGGAAAUCUCUCUCAGAUCUGAAAAAUCUAGUCGAACAAAUCUGUGAGGAGGAAUUCAACAUAAUCAGACCACAAGCUGCAGCAGUUCAGAUUAUUUUACCUUCAGAACCAAAGACCAGAGAAGAUUUUCUGCAGUAUUUCUGUUAUCUGACUCUGGAUCCAAACACAGCACAUCCUGAACUCAUUCUGUCUGAGAAGAACAGAGUGGUGAGACAGAGUGAGACACAACAGCGAUACUUUGAUCAUCCAGAGAGAUUUGACGCCUGGACUCAGGUGUUGUGCAAGGAGAGUGUGUGUGGACGCUGUUACUGGGAGGUGGAGAGGAGAGGUGAUGUUUACAUAUCAGUAUCAUAUAAAGAGAUCAGCAGGAAAGGACGGGUUCAGGAGUGUUUGUUUGGACACAACAGUCAGUCCUGGAGUCUGUGGUGUUCUUCAUCUGUCUUUUUCUGGCAUAACAGCAUUCAUACUAAGCUCCGAGGUCCAUCAUCCUCCAGAAUAGGAGUGUAUGUGGAUCACAGUGCAGGAACUCUGUCCUUCUACAGCGUCUCUAACACCAUGAGGCUCCUCCACAGAGUCCACACCACAUUCACUCAGACUCUAUACGCUGGAUUCAGGAUGUUGAGUAAUAAGUCAUCUGUGAGGAUUUGUGAUCCAAAAUAAAAUGUUAGUAAAAGUGUUUAUAAAAACUAUAAGUGAGGUGUGAGAUUUAAUUUGUCCCUGAGCUACACUGGACAUUUUGUGUGCAGAAACUGGAACAGUAAUGAAUGCAGAAUGUAGAAACAGACUAUUUAACUGUAUGCAAUAUUAGGAUGGGUUUAUUAUAGUUGAUAUAAAAAUCUUCAAUGUCUCCUCAGAAAUAAUAAACUUUACUCAAACUG